CUAGGCUGCAGGGAAGAAUGUCAUGAGGGCCGCUCAAGGAUGAAAAGAUACGUAAAAGAAAAGUGAAAGCAAACUCGCACGCGGGCAGCGUGGCAGAGCUUCCUCGGCCUCUCCAGCGGGCAGAAAAUGCUGGUAGACAAUCAUUCCCAAAAUUCGGGCAAUGUGCUGCUACCGGAGCGGGAGCUGAGGGCUGUGUCCGAGGAGAAAGCUGCGCGGUGGCGGUCAGUGGAAAGAAGGAGAGUAGGAGAGUAGGAGAAGCAGGUGACUUUGCGGUGUUUCUCUGCGAUAGAAGGAGAGUGGAAUAAGAAAUCCGAUUGUGGUACCAGGAGCUGGGGGAGGGUCUAUUACAAAUUUUGAUAAGUUUUGGGGUGUAGUUGUGUGGAGGUGAAAGAUGUCGGGCAUAGCACGCGGCCGGUUGGCAGAGGAGAGGAAGUCGUGGAGGAAGAACCACCCUUUUGGGUUCGUCGCCCGCCCACAGAAUCUGCAAGAUGGCACGGUGGACUUGAUGAAUUGGCAGUGUUCACUCCCGGGCAAAGUGGGAACAGACUGGGAGGGGGGGUUUUAUCCCUUAAUGCUUCAUUUCAGUGAGGAUUACCCGAGCAAGCCGCCCAAGUGCAAGUUCCCGGCGGGGUUCUUCCACCCCAACGUGUACCCUUCAGGAACCGUUUGCCUGUCUAUUCUGAAUGAAGACUCAGGCUGGCGGCCGGCGAUCACGGUCAAGCAGAUACUCGUUGGUAUUCAGGAGCUCCUCGAUGCUCCCAAUCCGGCAGACCCCGCACAGACGGAUGCGUACACACUGUACAUCCAGGAUGUGGAGGAAUACAGACGACGUGUCAGGGUUCAGGCUAAGCAGUACCCUCCACCUUAAAAAGCCCUAUCGAGACGAGAAUUGACCAGAACAAGAAGAGCAGAAUGGAGUACACAAGUGUGUGUGCCAGAUAUGUAGUGCUUCGUAAAGAGACAGGAGACUCAAAUGUUUUAUGGGCUGUCUCUGCACGCGCGCGCGUGCAUGUGUGUGUGUGUGUGUGUGUGUGUGUGUGUGAGAGAGAGAGAGAGGAGAGAGAGAGAGGAGGGAGAGAGGAGGGAGAGAGAGGAGGGAGAGAGUGGCACAGAGAGAGAGAGAGAGAAUCAAACAUGUUGACAGAGGAGGGAGAGAGUGGCACAUACAGAGAGAGAGAGAGAGAGAGAGAGAGAGAGAGAGAGAGAGAGAGAGAGAGAGAGAGAGAGAGAGAUUAUCAAACAUAUGGACAGAGGAGGGAAAGACUGGCAGAGAUAGAGGUUGGGAGGGAGAGAGAGAGAGAGCAUCAAACAUAUGGUGGGGGGUGAGGGUUGUUGUAGGCUUUUUUCUUGAUGUAUCCACAGGGUUUGAACACUGGAUCUGUUUAUCAAAAGUCGUAUCGGUACACCUCCUCACAUCAGGGCCAGGUGCAUUCGACUGUCGUCAUCACCCGGUAUUAAUCCUCUCGAGACUCCAGCUGAGUGCUGCAUUUGCUGCUGAGGCCAGCCAGGUGAGACAGUCACCAAGACGUUUGGGAAUAGUUGGAUUAAUUCUCCAGUUCUUCUUAUGACAAAUUUUGUUUCUGAAAUUUGGUUGGAUUAAUUAGUAAUAAUAAUUAGUAAUAAUAAUUAGUAACGAAUUUACCCUUUUUUUUUAUCCUUUUCUUUUCCCCUUCUCAUUGUUCUAAUUACAUUGUUGUGUCCCUGAACUUGGCCAUGAUGGAGCCCAUGUUCUUGUCCAGAGAUUUUUUGUGCGGCAUGUGUUUUUUUUUUCUUAUCCAUAAGCUUUUCUGA